AUGGCUUUUCAUCACGACCAUCUCUCACACGAAAUCAACUUCCAGCCAUUCACAGAAGAUCAACAGCUAAAUCAAAGCCGUGACAUGCAAAGGCUACUUCCAUUCACCGGCGCCGGAGCUGGAUCAGCGCCGAAUUGGCUCAACAACGCCGUAAACUUACGGCAACAGAAUUUCCUCCACCUGCAACCCGACACAUCGCAAAACGACGACGGAAGAGGAAUUCACAUGAUGGAAAAAAACCGAGAUCGAAACCGGACGGAAAGCAGCAACAUAGAAUCAGAAGAGUUAUCACAAUACAAAGCAGAUAUUCUUGGACAUCCUCUCUACGAUCAGCUUCUAUCUGCUCACGUCUCAUGCUUGCGAAUCGCGACGCCGGUUGAUCAGCUUCCUCGGAUCGACGCACAGCUUCAGCAGUCGCAGCGUGUGGUGGAGAAGUACUCUUCACUUGCUAAUGGUGUUGUGGAUGAGAAGGAGCUUGAUCAAUUCAUGACGCAUUAUGUUCUCCUGCUUUGUGCUUUUAAAGAACAAUUGCAACAGCAUGUCCGUGUUCAUGCCAUGGAAGCUGUUAUGGCUUGUUGGGAAUUGGAGCAGUCUCUACAAAGCUUGACUGGUGUAUCUCCAGGUGAAGGAACCGGUGCAACAAUGUCGGACGAUGAAGAUGAUCAAGCAGAGAGCAAUGCAAACUUAUACGAAGGAAGCCUUGAUGGCGGUGAUAGUCUCAGCUUUGGUCCACUAGUUCCUACUGAAAGUGAAAGAUCUUUAAUGGAACGUGUGAGGCAGGAGUUAAAGCAUGAGCUAAAACAGGGUUACAAGAGUAAGAUUGUGGACAUAAGAGAAGAAAUUCUACGCAAGAGAAGAGCGGGAAAGCUCCCUGGUGACACCACCUCCCUUUUGAAAGCUUGGUGGCAGUCACACUCAAAAUGGCCUUAUCCCACUGAAGAAGACAAAGCAAGGUUGGUCCAAGAAACAGGACUUCAAUUAAAGCAAAUAAACAACUGGUUCAUUAAUCAAAGAAAAAGGAAUUGGCACACUAAUCCCUCAUCUUCUACUGGCUCCAAAACCAAGCGCAAGAGUAGUGGCGCAGGUGAAACAAGUAACCAGAGCUUCAUGUGA